AGUAACACGUAGACUACGUCCAGCAGGAGAUACGAGGCUCACAGGUAGGUUUUGAUUUAUCGGAACUCGCUCGCACUACAAAAAAAAAAGCUCGCGAGACGAAUUGAACUGAAUACCACACAGCCUGUUCGUACUACAUGACUCCCGCCUACCAGUAAAGACAGUACCACCACAAUGUCCAGCUCGGCUAGAAUUGUGCGGAUGCCGUUAGUUAGCCCUCGCUGGGUAAGACAAGAGGCUGCUAAGAGAGACAAGCGCAUUGUCAUGGUUGACGCGACAUGGUACCUUCCGAAUUCGCCCUUUGCAUCCCCAGAUGGCCGCACAGCAAACGAGCACUUUCUUGCUACAACAGAACAGUCUGGCUCGUCUUUCUUACAGCGACACUCCGUCUUUCUCGAUCUAGACGAGUGUGCCGACAGGCGCUCUACUUUGCCACAUAUGAUGCCAGCGGUCGAGGAUUUCGAGACACACGUGACUGACACGCUCCAUAUCGAUAACCACAGCGUGGUUGUGUGUUAUGAUAGACACGGGAUUUUUUCGGCUCCAAGAGCGUGGUUCAUGUUCCGACAUUUUGGACACCAAGAAGUCUUCGUUCUCGAUGGUGGCUUGCCAGCUUGGGAUGCAGAUGAGGCUAACGGGCGUGGCCCACAAGAUGGUGACAAUCCUCGAGAUGCGGACAAUCACUUUGAGGUUAGCAGAUCAGGAUCUUCGAAAGUAGAAGUGUAUUCUGUGGCGAAAAACAAUAGGUCGUCAACAACAUCCUCUAGUACAACAAAGCCGCAGCAGAACCAAUCAACGGACGAAUUUUACGGUGUCGUAGAUCUCUCCUUCAUGCAGGACAACGUGGGUUCAUCUUCAACCACAGGAACGCCGCCAAAAUGUCCCAUCAUUGACGCUCGCCCAGCUGGACGCUUUACUGGAGAAGUGCCUGAGCCGCGUGCAGGCAUGCGGUCAGGGCAUAUGCCUGGAGCAGCCAACAUUCCAUUUGGAACCCUGCUAACAGCAGAUAAGAAGAUGUUACCCCCUGUUAUGGCUGUCUUCUAUCGAAAGGAAACUAAAACAAUUUUUUUCGUACAGCUUUUCUUUGUAGCAUACUAGUCAAUCCAUCAUCCCCACCUAUUUCAUUUUACAAGCCACUAGUAGCCUUAACAGUCGUCUUCCUAAGUAUCUACCUUUAGACCUCUAAGUAAAAGUUAAACUAUCUUGCAUACUGUCUGUGCCGCUAUCCCUCUAAUCCCCCUGAGUUGCAAAAGGUGUUCCAGACCGCUGGUGUGGACCCUCUAGCGCCAUUUGUAGCAACUUGCGGUUCCGGGAUGACGGCAGCUAUCGUAUUACUUGCGGCAGAAGUUCUAAGAGCUACAGAGCAGUCCUCUGGGUCUGCAGCUUCAACAUCAAGUCUCCUGCUUUAUGACGGAAGCUGGACAGAGUACGGAAAUGCUUCCAAGAAGGAUGCAGUCGAAGUCGUUACGGGACCAUGAAGACUUUUUAGUUCGCAGGUCGUGUGAAGUAGCUAUGUGCAAGAGUGCUGCUAAGUCGAUGGACACAAUAACGCCAAGUUACACAAGAG